AUGCUACAUGUGAACAGAGCUCAGACCUCUUCUACAACCUCCCCUUCCCUCCACCUGGACGCCAGCCUCUUCUACCCCCGACCCCCUCAGACACCAGUCCUCUUCUACAACCUCCCCUUCACUCCACCUGGACGCCGCCUCUUCUACCCCCGACCCCCUCAGACACCAGUCUUCUACAACCUCCCCUUCCCUCCACCUGGACGCCCGCCUCUUCUACCCCCGACCCCCUCAGACACCAGUCUUCUACAACCUCCCCUUCCCUCCACCUGGACGCCCGCCUCUUCUACCCCCUCAGACACCAGUCUUCUACAACCUCCCCUUCCCUCCACCUGGACGCCCGCCUCUUCUACCCCCGACCCCCUCAGACACCAGUCUUCUACAACCUCCCCUUCCCUCCACCUGGACGCCCGCCUCUUCUACCCCCGACCCCCUCAGACACCAGUCUUCUACAACCUCCCCUUCCCUCCACCUGGACGCCAGCCUCUUCUACAACCUCCCCUUCCCUCCACCUGGACGCCGGCCUCUUCUACCCCCGACCCCCUCAGACACCAGUCUUCUACAACCUCCCCUUCCCUCCACCUGGACGCCGGCCUCUCUUGCCCUCCUCACUGGUGUGCUCUGUCCAGGCUCCGCGGCUGCAGUGAGGAGAAUGACCAGCAGGAGUCUCUGCACAAGCUGGUGACGGCCGAGGGACUCAGCGAUGACUUCAACACGCCAUUCCCGCUGCUGAAGGCCAAUGUGAUUGAGGCAGUGAACGAGCUUCUGCUUGAACUGGAGGGCACAACGGACAACAUCGCCGCUCAGGCCAAAGAGCACAUUCACUCCAAUGAGGUGAUAAUGACUAUCGGACGCUCACGAACUGUACAACUCUUCCUGGAAGAAGCUGCCCGGAAACGCAAGUUCCACGUCAUUGUGGCAGAGUGUGCCCCCUUCUGUCAGGGCCAUGAUAUGGCGGUCAGCUUAUCCAAGGCAGGAAUAGAGACCACGGUCAUCACGGAUGCGGCCAUCUUUGCAGUCAUGUCACGUGUAAAUAAGGUCAUCAUAGGAACAAAGACCAUCUUGGCCAACGGCUCCCUGCGGGCAGUGUCUGGAACACACACCCUGGCCCUGGCCGCCAAGCAUCACUCCACUCCGCUCAUUGUGUGCGCCCCCAUGUUUAAGCUGUCCCCGCAGUUUCCUAAUGAGGAAGACUCAUUUCACAAAUUUGUGUCUCCACAAGAAGUUCUUCCCUUCUCAGAGGGGGAGAUCCUCUCGAAGGUCAGCGCACACUGCCCCAUCUUUGACCAUGUUCCUGCAGAGCUCAUCACCCUCUUCAUCUCUAAUAUUGGGGGGAACGCCCCAUCCUAUAUCUACCGCCUAAUGAGUGAGCUUUACCACCCUGCCGACCAUGAACUGUGAGGGCAAUAAACACAUGAGCCGCUGUACAAGG